AUGUGUAGCAAGAAGCCGUCAGUUGUAGUCACGGAUGGCUGUGAUUCAAUGAAAGCUGCAAUCAAGUAUGUUUUUCUGGAGGUAACACAUCGAUUGUGUGCUUGGCAUAUGGAGAAGAACGUAACCACUAAUGUGAAGGAAGAGAGACUGCGGCAAUGUUUCACCCGGUGGCUGUACUCAGAUAUGAAAAUAGAUGAAUUUGAGGCUGAGUGGGAUGAUGCCAUUGAAGAGUAUGGGUUGCAAAAUAGUUUUUGGGCCAAAGAAACUUUUCAGAAGAGGAUGAUGUGGGCUAAUGCGUAUCUACAAGACAAGUUUUGUGAUGGUUUUCGGACAACAUCCCGGCACAGUCUCCUUGAUAUGGUUCAAAAUUUGGAGUUGGUCAUGCGAGAGUACCGAAAUAAAGAAUUACUUGCACAAUUUAGAUCAUUUCAUGGGAUGCCGGUAAUGACAACUUGUUUGGAUCCUCUUGAAAAGUAUGCUACAGAUGUAUACACACGGGAGAUAUUCAUUGAUGCGAAGAAGGAAAUAGUGGGUGUCGGUGCAGUUAAUUUUUUAGCCAAGAUUAGACGUUCUACCACAAUGGUGUACACAUUAGAGGAAUAUGGCGACCCAGGUAGAGAGAUCUUGGUGUUGUACGAUAGGAUUCCUGAAAGGUUGGUUCUGAAGAGGUGGUGCAAGGAUGCAAAGUCAUUGGAUAAAUAUGCCGAGAUAACGGAAGUUGGUAGUGAAAGGGGUUUCUUGUUGCGCCAUGGAGCACUUCAUGCAGUCGCACAGUGGAUGCUAUAUGUUGGAGCUAGGAUCCCAUCAUCAUUCACACAUGCGCUUAACGGUCUCCAUACACUCUGCCAGGAACUGGAUAGCUACCAUGAAAAUGUCCGUCAGAAGAAAGCAAACGAUACGGUUGAUUUACAUGACCCUGAUGUGGUGAAGACUAAGGGUGCCCCUCGUGUUAGAAGGCAGGCCGGAAGGAUGAGGCGCUGCACCUGUUGCCGGAAAACAGGGCACACAAAACGGCACUGUAAUGCAGACCGUGCCUUUGUCCGAUUCGACAAGGGCAACAAGGGUGAUCCUAAACCUAACAAAUUGGCUAUGCAGGUAGAGUUAGAGGAAUCGGGUUCCAAGAAUAGAUUAAAAGAUGAAAUACCUGCUGCAACUGGGUGUAAUGAGACUAUGGAAUCUGACAGGAACGUGAGAAGUAACACAAAUGAGUUACUAACACAGCUGAUGACUCAAAUAAUUGAUAUCAGUGCAAGACUGGGUUCGAGGCUCCCAGCAUAA